AUGGCUGGAGAACCCCCCGCACAGAAGAAACGCCGACUCCCCUUCAAACCACCGAGUCGCGCUCCCAGCGCGGGGCCAUCAACAACCGCGUCCAAGCCCAAACCUAAGACAAAAACCACAAAAGUCACUAAGCCCUCUGCAAAAUCCUCUUCUACCGCAUCCUCAUCCAAAACACCUACUCAAUCCAAAUCCACCGCAAAGCGCCAACGCGCCCAGUCCCCUCCCGAAUCAGUCGCCUCCGACUCGGGCUCCGGUUCAGAAUCAUCUGUCCACAGUCGCGAACGUUCAGUUUCCCAAGAACCGGACUUUAUACUGGCAGAAAUUAUUGAGAAUAAUCCGACUGAGGACGUGGCGUCUAGUGAUCCGACUAUACCGCCCAAGCUGCUCACAAGAUUACUGCAUCAGCAUUUCAGCAACGAGAAGACGAAGGUUGCCAAGGACGCGAAUUCGAUCGUGGCCAAGUAUGUGGAUGUAUUUGUGCGAGAGGCAAUUGCGCGUGCAGCAUAUGAAAGGGCCGAGACGAAUAAUGGUGGCAAAGGGGCUAGUGAUGGAUUCUUGGAGGUAGAGGACUUGGAAAAGAUGGCGCCGCAGCUUACGAUGGACUUUUAA